GCGAGUUCCCGAAAAAUAGAAGAAAAUUUGAAAAAGCGAAGAACAUAAAUAAAAAUCUAUGCAGAAAAACCCCAGAAAAAUGAAAGUGUAGUGAAGGCAGUCAACCGAAGGGUUAUUUUUCUGAAUUUUUCUACGACAAUUUCCCAUUUUACUUUCCCCGCCACUUGUUUCCCCUUUUCCUUCUCUCCCCAAUUUCUUCCUCCGAAUCUUAGGGCUCCGAACCUCUCUAUCCCGCUCUGCAACUCCAUCAUUCAUAAGUCAGAAUCUCUCCUUCCUCAACUUGAUCUCUGCUCCCACAUAUAUUCCUCUCCGAACCACUUCUUCUCUUAAUGCGCUCCCCCUUCGAACUGCAAUUUCUCCGGUUAGUCCAGCUAUGAGCAAUCCGGCUGCUAACCCCGGUGGUUCUGCUUCGGGCUUCGGCGCCCAAGGCGUUGGCCUCUCCAACACUAUACACUCGGAAGUUGCGCCAUACUUGCCCUUACCUUCGCUCCCGGUGUUCUGCGGCGCUUACGAUCCGGAACUCCGGCUGUUCGACGAGCGCGGUGGUGGAGACCUUUGGUACUUGAAUCGAAAUGAAAUUGUGGCUCAGUCUGCUAGAAUUGCCAGUAUGCUUGGCGAUACCGAUGUUUCCUACCUCCACCUUAGGAACGAUGUGAGGCGGAUGGGGUUGGAUAAUGUGGUACCUUUGGAACUUCAUGACCAGGUUCUACGGCACAAUCCUGAAGCAUAUGAGCAUCCCACUCAUGCCUUGGAAAACAAGCUCGUCCAUGUUGAGCCCAGCAUCCUUGUUCCACUUAAAGUACAAAAUGGCAAUGAUCAGGAAAGCCGCUACAGCAGCUAUACGCCUAAUGAUACUGAUUCAUCUAUGAGAAAACCAAAAGGUAAGAGGAAAGGCAGUGUGGCACCAGUGCCGGUUGAAGUGAGCGACCCGUCUGAGCUUGAACCAAGUGACCCUUCUGAAUUACAGGAUGCUACUAUUAGGAACUUCUGUGAUAUACUGGAUCAAUUCUGUGGCAAAGCUGAAGUUGCGAAUGAUGAACGGGAUGAAGUGGAUUGGUUGGCGUUACCUGCUAGUGAUAUUAGAUUGCUUGUUAAUGAAAUCAUGUUACUUCGUGGAAAGAAACUUCUACAUUUGGUCCCUCUUGAGGCCCUUGUAAGAUUGUUACGGAUUCUAGACCAUCAGAUACAUCGAGCAGAAGGCAUAUCAAUAGACCAAUUGGACCAUUCGGGCUCAGAUGCAGUCUCUUACGUCUUCUCUGCGUUGGAGUCUAUCCAUGCAGCUCUAGCUGUAAUGACUCACAAUAGCAUGCCAAAACAGCUCUACAAAGAAGAGCUCAUUGAAAGGAUUCUGGAGUUCUCUAAGUAUCAGAUAUUGGGUAUUUUGUCAGCUUAUGAUCCAGCAUUUCGGGCUUUGCAUAAGCCAAACGAACCUGAAGCAUAUGAAGGUGAUGAGAAUGAAGACCCUGAGGCUGAUUACUGUCCAUCAGGCAAGAGAAGGCGUGUUCAGAAGAGUGUGAGACCGAAGAAAUCAGCUUACAAUAAGUGUGUUCUUUGUUUGUCAAUCUGCUCUGAAAUUGUCAUUCACUUUUUCCCCCCUUUUCAGAGAAACGUUCUUCUAAUCAUUUGCCCUUUCUUUGCCAUCUUUAAUAGGGUCAACAGUGCCAUGAAUACAAUUCUACAGAAACUUUGCACUAUUAUUGGUUUACUGAAGGAUCUGUUGUCGAUAGAGAGGUUAUCAGAUAGUUGCAUUUUACAAUUAGUGAAGACCAGCUUUACAACGCUCAUGGUUGACAAUGUUCAACUCCUGCAGCUGAAGGCAAUGGGUCUACUUUGCGGGAUAUUCUUGUCAUACCCACAACAUCGUUCCUAUAUUGUUGAUGAGUUGGUUCAGCUGCUCUGGAAGCUACCUGUCUCAAAGCGAGCCCUCCGAUCCUAUCACUUGCCUGAUGAAGAUCAAAAGCAGAUUCAGAUGGUCACUGCUUUGCUAAUUCAAUUGGUACACAGUAGUGCAAACCUUCCUGAAGCGUUAAGGCACGCGGCGACUGCUCAUUCCAUCCUGGAAGUCUCUUUGGAUGCUACUUACAUCUCUAAAUGCCAUGAAGCUGUAACGGAAACAUGCUGUCUUUUCUGGACUCGUGUACUUCAGCGAUUUACGGCUGUGAAAGCUCAGGAUUCUGCUGAACUGAAGCUUAUCAUGGAAAACCUUGUUACAGACUUACUGACCACUCUGAACUUACCCGAGUACCCUGCUUCAGCUCUCAUUCUGGAGGUACUUUGCGUCUUAUUACUGCAAAAUGCUGGGCUAAAAUCCAAGGAUGUUUCUGCUCGAUCUAUGGCAAUUGAUCUUCUUGGCAUGAUUGCCACAAGUUUGAAACAUGAUUCUGUCAAUUGCCGCCAGGAGAAACUUUGGAUUUUACAAGCAUUAGACAGUGAAGAUGAUGCGGGUUGUAGUUUCCCAAAAGAUGCAUGCUGUGUUUGCUUAGAUAGAAGAGUUGGGAAAGCACUGUUCAUGUGUCAAGGUUGCGACAGAUUGUUUCAUUCUGAUUGCACAGGUGGCAGAGAAUGUGAAACCAAUCAGAACUGGCAUUGUCAGAUUUGUCUGUGCAAGAAGCAGCUUCUGGUGUUACAGUCAUUUUGUAACAUGCAGCGCAAAGAUAAUGGGAGAGCAAACAGAUCUGCAUCUGCUAAAAGUUCUGAAACUUCUAAUAUGGUCACAAAAGUUGAAGUUAUUCAACAGACGCUUUUAAACUUCCUCCAAGAUUCAGUUUCUGCUGAUGAUAUGCAUCAGUUCAUCGGCUGGUUCUAUAUGUGCCUUUGGUACAAGGAUGACUCAAAAUCUGAGCAGAGGUUGACUUAUGACAUCACGAGGCUAAAAUCAAAUCUUGUUGUGCGUGAUUCUGGUACUAGCCAUUCCAUGCUGACGAGGGACUCAAUGAAGAAGAUUACGUUAGCACUGGGACAAAAUAGUUCUUUUGUUCGAGGGUUUGACAAAAUUCUUCAUAUGCUUCUGGUCAGCAUUAUAGUAGAAACUGAUCCAGAGGUCUUACGCGAUAAAUCCGUUCAAUUAGCCGUAGAAGGAAGAUUUUGCGAUUCUGCAAUUUCUGUUAGGGAAGCUGCAUUGGAACUGGUAGGAAGGCAUAUUGCUUCACAUCCUGAUGUUGGCCUGCAGUACUUUGAGAAGGUUGCUGAGAGGAUCAAAGACACUGGAGUGAGCGUCCGAAAGAGGGCCAUCAAAAUUAUCAGAGAUAUGUGCACUUCAAACACCAACUUCACUCAAUUUACGACUGCUUGCAUUGAGAUAAUUUCUCGUGUUAGUGACGACGAAUCAAGUAUUCAGGAUCUCGUCUGCAAGACAUUUUUCGAGUUAUGGUUUGAGGAACCUUCUGGUGUGCAGACAACGUUUUCUGGGGAUGGUAGUUCUGUACCUUUGGAGGUGGCUAAGAAGACUGAUCAGAUUGUUGAAAUGCUGCGGAGGAUGGCAAAUAAUCACCUCCUUGUCACUGUUGUUAAGCGCAACCUAGCCCUUGAUUUUUUCCCCCAGUCUGCUAAAGCUGUUGGGAUCAAUCCUAUGUCGCUUGCAUCUGUGCGCAAGCGAUGUGAGCUAAUGUGCAAGUGCAUACUAGAAAGGAUACUGCAGGUGGAGGAAAUGAAUAACACUGAAGAGGAGGUGCAAACUCUGCCAUACGUGCUGGCCUUACAUUCAUUUUGUGUGGUGGAUCCAACCCUUUGUGUGCCAUCUUCUGACCCAUCUCAAUUUGUUGUCACGCUGCAGCCUUAUCUUAAGACUCAGGUUGAUAACCGAGUUGUUGCGCAGUUUCUGGAAAGUAUAAUAUUCAUAAUUGAUUCUGUACUUCCCUUGAUAAGGAAGUUGACAUCAAGUAUUGUUGAAGAAGUCGAGCAAGACUUGAAACAAAUGAUCGGGCGGCACUCAUUUUUGACAGUGGUGCAUGCUUGCAUCAAGUGUCUGUGUACGUUGAGUAAGGUUUCUGGAAAAGGGGCUAGUGUUAUUGAAUUCCUCAUACAGGUUUUCUUCAGGCGCCUUGAUGCUCAAACAAUUGAGAACAAACAGUUGAUAGGGCGUUCUCUAUUCUGCCUUGGGUUGCUUAUUCGAUAUGGAAAUCCAUUGAUUAGUGGGUCAAGUAGCAAAAACAUUGAUGUUGGAAGUAGUAUAAGCUUGUUCAAGAACUACCUCAUAAUGGACGACUUCAGUGUGAAAGUCAGAUCUUUGCAGGCUUUAGGAUUUAUCCUAAUUGCUAGACCUGAAUACAUGCUGGAGAAGGACAUUGGGAAAAUAUUGGGAGCAACUUUGUCAUCGAGUUCUCAUGUUCGCCUGAAGAUGCAAGCUCUGCAAAAUCUGUAUGAGUAUCUUCUGGAUGCCGAAAGCCAAUUAGAAACAGAUAAAGCCAGUAACGAUGCUCAAAGUUCGGUUGGAGCUGGUCAAAGGGUGGUACCUGUUGCUGCAGGUGCUGGGGAUACCAACAUCUGUGGUGGGAUUAUCCAGUUAUAUUGGGAUCACAUUUUGGGAAGGAGCUUAGAUUUGAAUGAGGAAGUUCGCCAGACUGCACUGAAGAUUGUCGAGGUGGUGCUCAGGCAAGGUCUAGUUCACCCUAUUACUUGUGUUCCCUACCUCAUAGCACUUGAAUCCGAUCCGUUAGAGUCAAACUCGAAGUUGGCACAUCAUCUAUUGAUGAAUAUGAAUGAGAAGUAUGGUGUUCGGACUCUUUUUCUCCUGUUUUUGCAAUAUAUUCGUCUUAUAUUUUACAUAAGCAACUCAAAACCAGGGUAUCACUUUUUCAGGUACCCAGCCUUCUUUGAGAGUCGAUUAGGCGAUGGUCUUCAGCUAUCAUAUACAUUCAUGCAUGCUCUUUCUAGUGCCUCUAAUGAAAAACCAAACCAAAGGCUACCACCUAAGUCAGCUGGGAAUUCCAAAGGAAAGUAUGAAACUGGUGCUCUGACUCAGGCUAGACUCGGAGUUUCUCGGAUCUACAAGCUUAUUCGUGGGAACCGUGUCUCGAGAAAUAAAUUCAUGUCUUCAAUUGUGCGCAAAUUUGAUAAUCCAGUCCGUAGUGAUUCAGUGAUUGGCUUUCUACUGCACUGUACUGAAGUGCUUGCUCUACUGCCAUUCACUGUUCCGGAUGAACCACUGUAUCUCAUUUAUUCUAUAAAUCGGGUGAUCCAAGUUAGGGUUGGGGCACUUGAGGCAAAUAUGAAGGGGCUAGUAUUGCAUCUGGCAGAAAGAGCUGCACGGAAAGCUCACCAUCAGAGUGGGUUACUUCAGGAAGAAGCAACUCAGCUCAGUGUCCGACAAGUGGGCUCAAUGGACUUGAAUGACAUGGCUAAGGAUGAAGAGCCAGUUGAUCGAGCACAGUCCAGUCCUUUGAGAAAUUUCGAUUUGAAUGGAACGUUUAAAGACGAGCCACCUGGCCAUUCAGUCUCCACUUCAAGUGAUCCAAAUACGACAAGCCAUAUGAACAUAGUUGAACCUUGCAGCCUCUCCCAGGAUGAUAUAAACAGAAUCCAGGUCCAUUGUCUCGCUGCCACUGCUUUGCAGCUUCUUCUGAAGCUGAAGAGACACCUAAAGAUUGUGUAUGGCCUGAAUGACUCCCGUUGUCAGGCCUUUUUACCGAACGAACCCCCAAAACCUGGAGAGAAUCUAUCCAGGCAGACUAUUCCUUUUGACGUAAGUGAUAUCCGGACUAGCAUGCCCACAACGUAUCAGGAUCUGGUACAGCGAUAUCAGGACUUAAAAAAUGCGCUGAAGGAAGACACAGUGGAUUAUGCAACUUACACAGCAAACAUCAAUAGGAAGCGCCCCACUCCCAGGAAGAAACCCGGACGAGGUGCCCCAGCAGCCGAAGACAUGUAUGAUGAUGCAAACCUGACGGCUGGCAGUGCGGUCAGGAAGCGGACAACUCCCAGGAAGAGAACUGGCCGUACUCUGGCCGAUGACAUGGAUGACGACGAUGAUGAUGACGAUGGAGACUGGAUGGGUGGAGGCAGGAGGUUAACUGGUAGCAGCAGGAGAGGGAACAGAUCAGGAGGCAGACAGCGAUGACUACGAUGAAUAGGUAUUGUAAAUACGACGAAAUAGCAUAUGCACAUAUAUGCUAACCAGUGUACAUGAAGUUUUGUUGGCGACAGCGAAUAGAGCUAUAGGUGGGACAGAUCUUUAUUGUAGAAUGACAGGAGAAGAGAAAGGAAUAGGGAUUUUUAGGUGGGAACGCUUAGAAAGCAUGAAGAAACAUGAAGAUUGUUUCUUCGUCAGAGUAGUUUGUAACUUGUAGCUGUAGCUUUCUGCUGCUGUUUCCAUCUUGUAAUUUUUUGUCCAGAAAAGUUUUAACUGCCGAUUCUUUUCUCGGAAUGAAAGUCAAGGAUUUGAUUACUGGU